AAAAAGCUGCUUUCUGCUCUCGGAAACAGCAGAUUCCGACCCCGGCGGCGGCGACCACAGUCCUCCGAGACUGAAGGCGGGAGGCAACGCAAGCCCAGCAGCCCCGAAUCUCUCCGGAGUCCCAGCAACUCCCCAAAGCCCAGCGACAGUCCCCGAAGUCCCAGCAGCAAGUUCCAACAGCAGGGAAGGCAGCGGACAGAAGGAGGACCCAGCAGUUCCAGCAGCAGUCCCGGCAGCGUCCCAGCAGUAGUCCCGGCAGCGUCCCAGCAGUAGUCCCGGCAGCAUCCCAGCAGUAGUCCAAUCAACCGCAUCGGAGCCAGCGGACAGAGAGUGGACCCCGUCGUCCCAGCAGCCCCAGCCCCCCUGGUGGGCUGAGAGAGGGGAGUGGAUCCUGCUCAGUUCCCCAGACAUGCUGAGAGGGGAGCCGGGCAGCCCCUGGAGCUGGUGGGGCAUCUUUCUCCUCGGAGGGGCAGGGUGGCUGUGCUGCUGCCUCGGGUCCCAGUGUCCCACCGGCCAGUUUCCAGGUGGCUUCGGGCAUCCCCUCAAAUGCUGCAACGAGUGUCGAACAGCUCAUCAAUUGCCAUGCCCGGACACCAAGGAUCCCGACUGCAAGUGCCCACCAGGCUUAUACUGCAACAAUGAAAACUGUCCAAAUUGUGUCCCAUUCACAUGCAAGAAAGGAGAGGAGAUUCAGAGAGAAGGAAAAUUUGACUUCAAUUUUUUAUGCGUCCCGUGUCCCAGAGGGACCUAUUCCGAUGGUGACCCCAGCCGCUGCGCCCCCUGGACCAACUGUCAGAGCUUGGGCUUCCUCACCGUGCAGCCGGGAAACAGUACGCACAACACCCUAUGUGGACUGCCAGUCAUCCAGCAGCUGCAAACCUUCACCUUAUCCAGCAUCUGCCUGCCUGUGCUGACGGCCUUGGCCAUCUUCAUCCUCAUCCUCAUCACCAUCUUUCUCCACCUAUAUAUCUGGCAGCUGAAGAACAAAAAAGUCCCCAAGACGGAAGAUCACGAGCUUCCACUGGCUCCUCGCUCGCCUGACGAUGCCUAUAGCUGCCAAUUCCCAGAGGAGGAGCGUGGAGACAAGACGGCCGAGGAGAAGGCCCGGCUUGGCUCUCUAAUCUACGAUCCUCGGCAGCCCCAGACUGGGUCUCCCCUCAUGGCUGGGCUAUCUGGUUCCUCCUAGAGCCCAGGAGGUAAUGGAGCCUGGGGUGGGGGGGUGGAUUGGGGGGGAUGAAAGCACCACUCCCUUAUCCAAAAUUGGGAGUGCAGACCAAUCUGCCAGCUCAACAGAGACCUGUCAGAACAUGGGGCCAAGGUUCAGGCUUGGGGUUGUGGAGCAGCAACCCUAUGGGGAAGGGGGCAUGGAGCUAAAAAGGAUCCCCAGGUCCAAUGGUCUACCCGGCCAGCUGCCUGCUCAGUCAAUAACAAUAAUAAUAAUUGUGAUAUUUGCU